CGCGCAGGGGAGUGGGGGCGUGGCAUUUUUUUGAGGAAAAAAAGCUAAACAAUCUUUAAUAUUUCAAAUUGACUGUGUCGGCUUUUUAAGUUGUCUCGGCUGGUGGAGAAGUCCAUACCUUAGAAUAGUGGUAACACACGGGGAUCCACUCAAGACAGGCCUGAAUGUAUUUUCUUCCAAAUUUCUGGACGAAAAGGUAUAGAAAGCGGGUAAUCUUUCUUUAGUCACCACUCCGGUCAGACGAUGAAUUCUAAACGUUUGCUUGACAUGUCUCCGGCUGAAAUACUGGUCGGGGGCGCUUCGAAACAAGCCGGUAUUGACCAGCAUGCAGAGGGUUCCAAGGGAAGCGAAAUGAGUGUCACCACUACUGACAGCGGUGUCAUUCUGGCGUGCGGGAGCGGGCCCGCAUCAGGAGCAGUUUUCUGCACAUUCGUGCUAGACGAUGGCACUUUGAGAGAAUGUACAAACCAGGACAUUAUCCUCAAUGGGAAUGACCUGUCGUCAGGGAAAGAAAAAUACGCGCACCGGAAAAUAAUGGGUUGUGGUGGCGAGGCAGAUGAGAGGAACAGUGGUCUGACUGGGGUCCUUACUAACGGCAGUCCCACUCACUGCCUGAUCCUGAACGGGCAGAAGCCGGACAGACACAUGCACUCGAAAGUGAGGAAUCCGCUGGUGCCCGAUGGUUUCCAGGAAACCGGACAUCAAGUGCCACCUGAGGAGAGAAAUUCCCACCCCUCCUCCCACAUACCUGUCCCCCGACGCAGGAAACCCUCAGGUCGUGCUGAUAAGGAGGUAAUGGCUGCCACCGUCCUGACAUCACUAUCCACCUCCCCACUGGUCCUCACCCAGACAUCCUCAGCUGCAGUUCCGGAGCCGGCUAGCAGGGGGUGGAAGGAGGUGCUGUCGACCAGCUACAGCAGCUCCACCAGUGGCAACUGGAGCUGGGACACCAGCGACCAAUCAGUGCCCUCCACGCCAUCCCCACCCCUCUCCAACGAUGCCAGCAAGAGCUUCCUGCUCCCCUCCCAGGGUGAUGACGUCAGCGAGGACGUCACAGAGAGCACUCAUUUUCCGUUUGUGGACCCCAUACCCCGGAAGCGAAAGAACUCCAUGAAGGUGAUGUUCAAGUGCUUGUGGAAGAACUGUGAAAAGGUCCUCAGCACCUCUUCAGGGAUCCAGAGACACAUCCGAACCGUCCACCUGGGGCGGAACUGCGACUCGGACUACAGCGACGGGGAGGAGGACUUCUACUACUCGGAGAUCGAGGUCAACAUGGACAGCCUAUCAGAGGGCUUAUCCAGCCUCACGCCCACCUCCCCCACCACUUCGGCCCUCCCCCCCAUUUUCCCACCCGUCUCCCUCACCGCCUGUCUCCCUCGCUCUGAGCCCUCCCACAUCGCCAUGAGGGGGACACCUAGCCACGCCCCCACCCUACUCAGCCAAUCAGCUCCCUCCACGCUCUGCCAUAUUCGAACUGACCACGCAUACCAGGCCACUGCUCCUGUGAGUAUUCCUGUGUGUUCGGAGCAGGUUGGUGGGAAUGAUGGGAUUGGGAAUGGGGAUGGGAUCAGUGUGUCCUGGCAGUCCUCUCCUGUCAUUUUUAAAGGCUUACCGGGCCCUUUGACUCACACCCGCACGGUGAGCUUCGGGGAGAAGAGACAGCCUGCUCUUCACACACACACUACCAUCAGCAAGACACCCCCCUCUACAGCCCCCCUGCCCAAAUCAGCACCAGGAACCAGGAAACCCCGCGGAGAGGCAAAAAAGUGCCGGAAGGUGUACGGCAUGGAGAAGAGGGACAUGUGGUGCACAGCCUGCCGUUGGAAAAAAGCCUGUCAGCGAUUCAAUGAUUGAACCCCACUACAUCACUGUGAUGGACUCUUCCUCUGCCAGAGCUUCACUGAGGUGGAGUCUUCCACUGGGGAGAUGUGGGUGUUCUCCCUGAUGAAGCUGCUUAGAGCACGCACUGCUUCCUCCUGACCAGCAGGGGUCUCUCUGCUUGCUUCUCUUAAUCCUCAGACAGCUAAACACACGAAACACAAAAACAAAUGGAUGAAAAAGGAAAAAAAAUUAUAAUAAUUGUGAAAAAAGUAUAUGGCUUUGGAAGCAUAGGUAAUCCAAAAAAUGAUUAUUCAAAACGUGAUUCAGAAUGAAAGUUUUGUUUUGUACUUUCUAAUUUUGCAUGCCUUCACUGUAGGGCAGUGGUUGAAGAUUUCAGAUAAGCAUUUUGGUAUUGUGCACUUUCAACAUGUUCUUUGCUGGUCCGAGUAUCAUGGAAGCUACUGUGUUUGAGUCUAUAAGAUCCUGAAACCACUCUCUUGUCAGCAUCUUUCAAUGCACCUCUUGUUGACGUUUUAGAACUAAAACCAGAUUCACUUUGUGGCGUAUAUUUGAAUGGAUCGUUUCAACAGAGGUGCAUUGAAAGAUGCUGACAAGAGAUUUCAACGGUCACGUUUCAAAUUUCACUCUUUUGAAACGGGCAGUAUGUCUGCCAAAGGAAAACAGACACAGAAUCUCUCUAAAUUCACUCAGAAUUGAGAUGUCGCUUUUAUUAAGACGCAAGUUUGUUAUUGAUAUAACACAUCACAUGCUCUUAUGGGAAUUCAACUAAAAAAUUCCAAUCUCUUUCUUUGGGAAGUAAAUAAUGCAUAGCUACACACCAUAAGCUUCCUGCUUCCUGCAUCUGUUGCUUAUUCCAUCUGCUGGCACCAAAUGUCACACUUUGAACCUUCAGAUUGUUCAGCGUACAUGUACUGUUUAUAGUUUCUCUUCCUAGACCUCUACACAGAUAUGCACCUUUCAGAAACAACACAUCUUUCAACAGACCACAUGUACAUUUUGCAACCACACUGUUCACUCUCAUUCCUCACAUUUAACAGUUUAUUUUCAGUGAUUAGUUCCCAAGGUAACUACUGUAGUAGGGUUUGGACAGUCUGGUCUUGCUUUGAUUAAUCAGCUCUAUUGUUGAUUACAGUUAUCAAUAACAACAUCAAGCCCUCCUGUAGCAUUACUUGCUACUUAGUGUUCUAAAAUCAAUUUUCUGUGUACGUUCAUAGAAAUAAAAUGUUGUUCUCUGUGGGUACUAUACCUAGUCCUACUCAACCCCGACUCCCAGUUACUGCUCUUAACUGGUAUCUAAGGGUGUUGAAAUGUAAGUGUUUUUCUCAGAGGGAAUAUUUGCGUCCCAUGAAUUGUACCUGGAUUUCUGAUCAGACACAAUUAUAUGGAUGUAUAUUUUUACACAGAUAAUUUUUUUUACUUUAGCUACUUUAAAAAAAAAAUUGUUGCCAGCUCUUUGAAUGUAGUUUCUGCUGCCUCUCUCUCUCUCUCUCUCUGCUCCCAAUAUACUCUCUCUCGGCGCCCAACACACACAUUCUCUCUCUCUCUCUCUCUCUCUCUCUCUCUCUCUCUCUCUCUCUCUCUCUCUCUCUCUCUCUCUCUCUCUCUCUCUCUCUCUCUCUCUCUCUCUCUCUCUCUCUCUCUCUCUCUAACUCUCUCUCUCCCAAUACUGACUACUAGCCAUGCCACAAGUUACAACAACAGGACACAUACAUGCAUGGUGCUACUUGUCCUCUUUCCUUAGGUUACCUUCAACCUGUUCUAUGACAAUGGACACAAUCCAUGUCUUUCCAUUCUUUGGCCAUGUGACAAUCUGUUGUCAUAGUGACAUCUCGGUUCUCAGCUGAUGGCAGUCACAUAUUCUAAUUGGUGUGACAUUAGUAGGCCAUUCUAAGACAGCUGGGAAUGACUGUCAUUUGUUGUUAUUUGGGGACAACAAACAAACAAUCAAACCCACUGGAUUAAUUUUAGCAUGCCCUGUCAGUCUUUUCCUUGACAACCAUCACCAACAGACAUGGUCCUGCUCAUUGGCUGGUAACCCUGUCCGUCAGACAUUAUGUCCAGUAGUGUUUGAGAGAAGCUGGUUCUUACAGUAAGUAGCUCACUGGUCAGACUGGAGAGUAUUUAAUGGUCAGAAACUUCACUAAGUGCCAUUGAAAAGAACAUUAUGAGGAAACAGGAUUUACCUAAAUAAAUUGCACUAACUUGCGCUGCACAAAGACUUCCUUUUAUACAUGGAUUUUAUACACACAGAUUUUGAAGUGAAAUUAAAUUUGAGGUUGUUUUAUUUUGGAUCGUCACUGCCUUGGUGUCAAAAUGGGGUUUCAGGGAUGGGGCUUCUACACCUCUUGGGUCCCCCCAUAAGAACUUUUUGAACUGGUAUGUUUAGCUCUCUCUCUCUGUGUGGUGUACGCAGCCCAAUGGUGCCAACAAUAUUGUCUGGAAUCGUGUGGUACUGCAUAGUACAGCGGCACUUUGUGCGUCUGGGUUUCCCCUAGACUUUUCUAUUGUGCUGGUGCACCAAGAAGACCCCUGAAGUCACAUCUCAGAUGGUCUGCCCUAACUUGGAAAUAUAUGGGGAAACACUGGUCCAGAGGUAGCCCUCAGUUAGUCAAUGGUUGCUUGUUGUCUUCUUAAGAACAGAUAAAUCAUGGUGUUUCAACACUAUGGGCUUUCCGUAGCAUACUCAUACACUGCUUUCACAAGAAUUUAGUUUAGUCUUCCUUCCUUAAGUAGCAUACUCAUACACUGCUUUCACAAGAAUUUAGUUUAGUCUUCCUUCCUUAAGUAGCAUACUCAUACACUGCUUUCACAAACAUUUAGUUUAGUCUUCCUUCCUUAAGUAGCAUACUCAUACACUGCUUUCGCAAGAAUGUAGUUUAGUCUUCCUUCCUUAAGUAGCAUACUCAUACACUGCUUUCACAAGAAUUUAGUCUUCCUUUGCCUAAAAGGCGCUUGCCUUUUUCACACUUUAUUGAGAUGAGGUAGUGUACAGAGAAUAGGUUUUCUUUCCGGACCUGACUCUUCUCCACCAAUCGAAACAUCGAUCUUGUCUUUGGUCCUACUGGCAGCAGAUUGGCCAUUCAUACGUUUGAGUACUUUUCAGACCAAUCUAGUCUAUCGUUCUCAAUCUCAUUCACACCCCUAUGCCUGCCACAAAACCCGCCUCUUGUAUUUAAUUGCACUAAAGUGGUUUUAUGGGUCAUUGGCCAGGGCUAAUGAAGGGGAACACGCUUUAUCCACUUGCUACUACCUACAUUGACAAACUGGAUGAAUCUAAGGAAAGCCUCACCCACAGUAAAUUGACCUGGUAUAGAAUAGGGUAGGGUCAGGUGGGUUUGAGUGAUAACUGCCAUCCCUAUGGCUGUUUUUAGGAGACCUGAGGUUUUGGAUGGUAGAGAGAGGGCUGAUUGGGUGUGUUUCUUUGUGAUAGGUGGAGAAAGAGUGGGACAAGCAGUGACGAUUAUUAGAGAUCGAUUUGUAGUUUCAGGGCUUUCCUGUACAUAUGCAACGUAAAGAAAACCCUGAAACUUUUUUCAUAUAUUGUUGUUUGUCUGUUAAACAAAAAUGAAACUUUGUAAGGUAAAAUUGCUCAGAUUUUUGGUGUGCGUAUUUGAGAAGCUAUAGUGAAUAUAACAUACACAUAUAUUGCAGUUCAGGGGAAAAGUGGCGAAAAAACGUAGAUGAAUGUAAAACCUACAAAAAGAAAAGCUUGUUUUUUUCUUUCUUGUUGUAACGCUGGCUAGUUUCUACUGCCGGUAGAAAACUGUUAGUGCACUCUGAUAGAAUGACGGCACAAACAGCACAAACUGUCAUUCUGUUGCCAAAUUUUGCAUCUGCACUGUUCUUCAAGUAAAUGUGUUUUUGUAAAAUGUUCAGUGGAAAUUGUUCAAAGUAGUCCUUGAGCAUAGAGUUGUAUGGUUUGUUUAUCUUUGCAAUCAUUGGUUUUGUUUGACAUACAUUUUAAAGUGAAAAAUCUUAGUCUCAGCAUAAUUCUGUUACUGUGGAAUCGCCCUUAACCUUCUUACAUUGUGCAAUGAGAUGCUUUAAUUCUAACAAGAACUAACUUGACCUUUUGGUGACCUUUCUGUGAGCCACCUGGUGUGAUCUAUUAUGAAUGCAUUUGUUGGCAUGUAGGCCUUUAUUUAGGCUGUUAUAAGGAGUCAUGAACUGUUAUGAAUGCUUAUAGCAGGCCAUAUACUGCACUACUUUAAUGCAUAUAUUGAAUGUGUUUAUAAAGGUGUUAUGCAUUUGUUAAAGUGGUCAGAACCCACUGGACAAAAACUGGUUGAAUCAACAUUGUUUCCACGUCUUUUCAACAAAAACAGUAAAUGUGAUAACUUUUGAAUCAACGUGGAAAACUGAUUGGAUUUGUAAAAUGUAAGGGAAUUUUGUAAUUUUUUCACACAACUUUUAAACUAGAUUCAAUAACAUGGUGAAAUGUUUUGUUGAUUUCACGUUGAAUUCACGUUAGUUGACAACUCAACCAAAUGUAAAUCACGACUAGACGUUGAAAUGACGUCUGUAGCCAGUGUGUAGGAACCGUGAGCUGUUGUGAAUGCUUAUGGCAAGUCUUAUAAUACACUAUGGAGUGAUCGACUGUGCUAAAAAUGCAGUCAUAAUGUAUUGUACACAGGCGUUUCAGAAAAUGUGCUACCUACUUUUUCUGUCUCCCUGCCAAAUAAGUAUUUAUCAGAAUACAUGUUGUCAUUGUCUUUUGUGGGAGACAAAUCACCUAGGCGGCUCGGGGAUUCAAACUCACAAACUUUCGGUUAUUGGCCCAACACUCUUAACUGCUAAGCUACCUGCUACCAAAUUGUACCUGUACCUUUCCCUCUCACAACUUCAGUGACUGACUCUCUUCCUCUCUAUCUCCCAAUCUAUUUUUCUCCAUUUUUUUAUUUUUUUCCCCUGUCUCUCUCUUUUAAGCUAUCAGAAUUGACUGUAAGUCCCCUCCAAAGUCAAUACCCAGUAUAUUAAGCUAACCGAGCCCUUGAAAUGUGCAGAAAGAAAGCCUUUAUUUCCUAAUGUUACAUCAUUCUAUCCGUUGUUUGCUCGUUGAAAGUCCAUGUUGAUGAGUCCAGCCCAGCAGAUCAGCAGCAGCAAAGCCAAUGGAGCUCCAUUCAAAUCAAAUGUAACACAUCGUCAUCACCAUGGUAGCUCCACUCAACUCUGUGCUUUUUCUUCUAUCGUGCUCUUAAACAACACACCAAUUUGAUCUGUUUGUCUUUCUGUCACUGCUUCACCUCUUUUAUCUGUCUGACUGUUUUUCUCUUGCUGUGCUCUGUCAGAGCAUUAUGGUUGGUGGGAGGGAAACAUACUUUAUUUUGGUUGCUUUAUUAUCUUGUUCAUAUUGAUUGAUUGAUUGAUUGAUUGAUUGAUUGAUUGAUUGAUGUUCUCUCAUUAUGUCUGGUGUAGAAGUGUUUUAUUGCUCAUGUCUGUCUGACAUGUGCUCGAGUGGAUGGGUGACUUGAUGUCAUGACGAUGAUGUGAUGUAAAUGUGAUGGAGAGAAAAUAAAUGCGAAUGGAUUGGAA